AAUCUUACAGCAAUCGCUGAUAUGCUUACAUUAAUUUUCAUCAACUUUUUCACUUUGACUCUCGAACAAGUUGAAAUAAGAUGGGAUCCAGUUUUUUCACCUCCAGUCAAUAUUCCAAGUGAUGCUAAUAAAAUCUAUAGUGUCCCGCUGAAUCAAUUGACCAGUGAACCAUUCAUUGCCUAUUUGUACAAGGAUGGAAAUAGAGUGACCAAUGGCUCGUUAGCAUCGGCCAAGAUAAAUAUAGCAACAAUACCAGAAUCAGGAACAGUGGACAAUUGGGUUAACAGUGGAGGUAGAGCUUGUCAAUGGACCCAUUUUCAAACAUCAACAUCUCCCGUUGACUAUCCACUUCGAUUGGCUCGCUAUCUCUUUUAUUUUCAGUGCGUGCCAGGCGGGGGAAGUUUUCUGAUUCCAACAAAAGCUAUAAAUGGAAAAAUAAUAACCGAUUAUGUUUAUCAUACUCAUCCUGCAGGGUUACUCCCACCUACGAAACGAAGGUUAAAAGUAAUAGCCCAUAUUCCUGGAGGAGGAACGGUAUCGGCAGUUUCCAACCCUUUUGUCAUAACAGCCGAAGCGUAUACGUUACGUUGGGUGAUACAACCCCCACAAACAAUCACUGCAAAUACAAAUUUCUCUCUUACAUUGGAAAUUGUCGAUAAAGCUGGUGAUAGGGUUACAACAGGUUUAGAUUCAACCGCCCAUAUUAUUUUAUCCGUUUCACAUCGACAUAAAAAGUUCUUCUAUAGUGGAGAUAGGAUGGAAUUACUCCAUUCGACCGAUGCUCGUUUGGUUGGUACUGAUAUAAGAAUGGAUAUGCUAACAUUUGAUAGUGUUGCAAAAAAACCAGCUGUUAACGGUCUUGUACACUUUAACGAUCUUCGAAUAUUAGAUGUCCAUUCGUCCUUAACGUUAAACGCAACCGUAACUAUGGCUAGGCAACCUUGGUGGAGGUCACCACGCAUCUAUAAAGACUUGAAAGCAAGUUAUACCUUUACGGAGAGCGGUAUUCAACUAUUUAGCUAUAACAAAUCUUAUGGAACUGAUCCUCCUGUUCUGAUUAGUAGGCCUAUAAAAGUUACUGCACAAAAGGCCGUUUCCUUAAAACUUUUAAAUAAGAAAGAAAUUCCUUUUAAGAUUUCAGCAAAUCUCCAAUUAGAACCGAAUCUUCCUCAAAUAGAAGUAAGAGAUUUAUCAGGAAAGCGUAUUUUCUCUGGUCCAGAUUCUGAAUUGGACGUUCGAAUUAUUAAGAAGCCUAAUACUGCUUGUAUAUCGAAGGACGCAUCUUUUAAAACAUUAAAUGGUAUUGGUUUAUUUAAAGGAUCGUUUUGUUCCCCUAUACAAUCCGUUCAAUUGGCAUUUGAAAUAACUAGUAAACUAUCCAAUCAAGUUAUUCAAUCAGAAUGGACAAAUAUUAUAAGUGUCACCAAUGAAUUUCAUAUUGCUUUGUUUAUUGAUUUAUUCCAUAGCGGAAAGUAUUCGGAUUUUCAACCACACGUAGAAUCAUUUGCAAGAUUUGCAUUAGAAGAUCUGAGAGAUAAACUUUACCCUGACUUAUUACCUGGUAGGAAGAUGGUAAUGAAAAGUUUCGAUACGAGUAGAGACGUUAAUACUGCCAUAAAACUCUAUCAGAAGAUGACGGAAAAUAGUAUAUCAAAACCUUAUGAGAAGAUCUUAGGUAUUAUUGGCUUUGGUUUGGAUCAACUUACAAUAAAACUUACUCCAUCUUUAAAUUCGGAUCAAAUGCCACUUUUGUCAACAACGGACAUAAGCAGUGACUUUAGCGAUAAAACUCUUUACCCUUAUUAUAAUAGAAUUUCCUAUCAUGAGGAUGUUAUUUUUCAAAGUAUUUUCCUAGCUAUGAAGGGAAGGAAAUGGAACAAAAUUGUUCUUGUUAGAUCUACUUCAAUGGAUUUGUCAAAGACAUUUUUUAAUAAAGCAAAGUUACACGGAAUUAUUAUUUCAGAUCAAGUUUUUAUACCUGAAAUAACAACUGCAGACUUCGUGCAGUGGAAAGAUGAAGUACUUAAAAGUACCAUGGAGAGAGUGAGAAACGCUGGAACUACACUUAUAUAUAUGCUUGUUCCUCCUCCAGCAAUGUACUUCGUUAUGAGAUCUGCUAUCACAUACAAAGUUGAUGGACUGCAUGGUUUCCAAUGGAUCUUUAGUGGAACAAAUGCUUGGGCAUUUCCCUUUAGUAACGAACCUCCAAUAUGUCAAAUUGUACUUAAGAUAAAAGCUUUAUUAAUGAUUGGUUUCAAUGGAGCUGUAUUAUUUACUUUUGUCAUGGAUUUAGAAGGUUUCACGAAACCCAAUCUGUUAAGAAUAUAUAAAAAGUACUUCAAUGUUGAUCGAAUAAAUUACCGAGGAAUCCCAACGUAUACUUUUCCAGAGGUUGCUUCACGAUUUGUUCUUGGUUAUGAUGCCGUAAUGGCAUAUGCCCGAGCAAUUACGAUUAUUCAAAAUGAACAAAAAACUGUUACUGGUGAAUAUCUAGCUCUUAAAAUGAGAGAUGUUAAGUUUGACGGAUUAUCUGGAGAUAUACGUUUUAAUAAACAUGGAAAUAGACCCGGAUUUCUGGGAGUAUUAGUAUCAAUCAAUGGUAGUGUUCCGUCCGAAUUAAAUCCCCAUCCUGCUUUAGCUGCCAAACUAUCAAGAUUUUUUACAUUGAGCGACGAAGAGUCAGAAGAUCAAAAGGAAAUUGAGGUUGAAGCAUAUUAUCCGCUAUACUUACAAGGAGUCCUUCUGAAUCCUAUGUUCACUCCAAUUGCAAAUGAGUCUUUUAUGAACUUGAGAAGAUAUCAAUCAGUAAGAGGAAUGUGGAGCAGAGAUUUGCAAAAGAUAGUCCUCCGCCCAUCUCAAACAGGCGAUCCGAGAGGCUCUGAGAUUAAAUCGGAAUAUGUAAUGGCUCCGUUCACCUGUUUGCAGGGUUGCGGAGGAAAUAGAACAGAUAUUGAGGACGUAACCAAAUUUGAAUUUGGAGAAUGCGUCAAUCAAGGUGAAUGUAAGUGUUCCAAGGGCUAUUAUGGUAAUGAUUGCAGUAAUAUUCUUUGUCACAACUGCAAAAAUGGUCGUUGUUUCGUUCCAAAUAUUUGUCAAUGCGAUUUAGGCUGGGAAGGUACUUAUUGCGACCAGGCUAUUUGCGAGGAUGGAUGUAACAAUGAAACUGGAUCCUGUAUUUCACCAAACAACUGCCAAUGCAUUUCAACAUAUAUUGGCUCAAGAUGUCACAUAUCACUUCUCGCCAUUACUAUACCAACAGUAAUUGGUGGAUUGAUACUAUUAACAGCAAUGUUUGUUUUAUCAAGAUGGAUAAGCAAAAGACAAGCCUAUCUAGCAGCGCUCAAAAAUCAAGAAUGGGUCGUUAAUUGGUCCGAACUUUUCGAAAAGUGCAGAACUCUAAAGGUUGAAGAAAUCCAAUACGAAAUCCUUGAAUUAAGGCAAUUACGUCAUAAGAAUUUAAUUUCAUUUGUCGGAGCUUGUCUAACUAGUCCAAACUGCGCUAUUCUAACAGAAAUUAUGGGGAAGGGAGCUUUGGAUGAUAUUUUAGCAAACGAUAGUAUUCAGUUGGGUUGGGAUUUUCGCUUUUCCAUCCUAAAGGAUAUUGCAAGAGGUAUGGAUGCUCUCCACAAAACUGCCAUCGGUUCACACGGAAGACUUAAAUCAUCAAAUUGUCUUAUCGACAAUAGAUGGACUUGUAAAAUUAGCGAUUAUGGUUGUCCAACUAUGAGAUUUAAUAGAACUGGAUCAGCAAGGAAAUCGGAAAUAGCGUCAGCAAAACACGCGCUUUUGUGGACAGCGCCUGAACUUUUGAAGCAAGUAAAAUAUCUUGAUGACGUAAAAAAAGGAACCAAAGAAGGAGACUAUUACUCGUUUGGUAUUCUACUGCAAGAAGUUUGUCUAAGAGAUGGACCUUUUGCACUAGAACUAGCCUAUCUUGAAGUCGAUACUAUAAUUGACACCUUGGCUAACGGAACCCUACCUGAAAAUAAAACUGCAAAAGAGAAUUGGUUAAAUACUGCAUCAAAGCAUGAGCAACCUAUUGACUUUUUUCGAUCUCUUGUUCUUCUUGAGAGCCUACCAGAUAAAGCCAGCGUAAAAAAAUCAUUGCUGAACUUGAAAGCUAAUACUCUAAGGGAAAAUCCUAGCGAAAGAGCGGAUUUUAGAUCAAUACUUCAUCAAUUAAAUAGUAUGAAUCCAGUUAGAGGGGAAUUAAUUGAUAAUCUGGUCAGCAUGUUGGAGAGAUACUCUUCCAACUUGGAAUCGAUUGUCGCCGAAAGAACGAAAGAAUUACAACUUGAAAAAGCUAAAACGGAAGAGCUCAUCAGUCAAAUGUUGCCUAAACAGGUUGCAGAUAAUCUUAAAAAUGGAUUACCAGUUGAACCUGAAACAUUUGCAAUGGUUACCAUCUUUUUUAGUGAUAUUGUUGGUUUCACUUCCAUUGCUCGUGAUAGUACUCCGCUACAAGUUGUUGACUUAUUAAAUGACUUAUACACAUGCUUCGACGCUAUACUAGACAAUUACGACGUCUACAAAGUGGAAACAAUUGGAGAUGCUUACAUGGUUGUCUCUGGAUUACCCGAACGUAAUGGGAACCGUCAUGCAGGAGAAAUUGCAACCAUGUCAUUACAUCUACUGUCUGCUAUGUGCUCUUUUAGGAUAAGACACAUGACCGAGAGAACAUUACAAUUGAGAGUCGGCAUGCACUCAGGAAGUGUUGUUGCCGGAGUUGUUGGACUUAAAAUGCCUCGAUAUUGUCUAUUCGGAGAUACAGUUAAUACCGCUAGUCGGAUGGAGUCUUCUUCAAUGGCGCUUCGAGUUCAUAUGAGCGAAUCGACUGCAAAGAUUCUUUUAGACGAACUUGGUGGCUUUGAAUUGGCUUGCAGAGGACAAAGAGAGGUUAAAGGAAAAGGCAAUAUGACUACUUAUUGGCUAAUCGGAAAAGAUGGAUUUGACUUACCACUCCCAUCACUAUCCUUAGCUGCUUCGGAAGCAGAGCACGAAUUCAAGUAA